GAGUGGUUUAUUUACGUACAUUGGCGAGUAUUUUUAUUUUUGUAAACUAUUAUGAUACCACAGAAUACAAAGUGUAUACAUAAAGAAGUCGAAAAAAAUAAUACGAUUAUGGAGAUCGAGGCUGACGCCCCACGAUAGUCAGGCUGCUGUUGGCAGAGUGGCAAUCGGGCAAUCAAUGAACCAACGAACUCGACCAGAAUAUACUUUGUUAUCAAUGAAAAUCCACCCAAUACACUCGUUUCCUCCCGUCCAGCCUAGCAUAUGACUAAUUGAAGGCGCGGGAAGCACAUUAGUAAAAUUCUUCUCUCGCACAGAUGAUUAUACACAUACAUCGGUUCUGCGAUAUAUGUAUAUUAUACUGAAUACAAUUAUGACCUUUUAACCAAAAGGUUCAGCGAUUAAAAUCAUUUACGUUCGCAUUGUACUUAGUUGAUUCGCUUUGGUCGCAUGUGUCGGUGUGUUUUUUAAGUCAUAAAAAUGCGGACUUCCGAUUUCGUUGUGGUGAUUUUUGUGUCGCUUUGGGGGUGUGUUUUGACCCAAUAUCGCGCUGACAAUUUCACCGAAACUAUUACGUUGGACGAUGCGAAACUUGGUGAAUUUUUAGCGACGGAGAAAACCGAAGAAGACGGAACCGGUGUCGAUAAAUUGGACGAGAGUAAAAGGAACUUGACCGCCGAAUCGCUGAUUGACAGCAUAGUCGACUUAGCAAUCAAACACAUUAGAGAAAAAACAACUGGCCCGAUCAAACUUUCAGACGAAGUAAAAGAAUUUAAUCGAAAAUUUCUACUCGUACCGAUCAAAGGAGAAGUUAUAUUAUAUAAUGGAUUAUUAAACGGAGUCAAUACUAUCUCGAGGGCUGGAAAGACUACUUACAAUACUCACUCUGGACAUAUUAUAGUCAACACUACUAUCGAAUUUGAAGAACUGAAAUUCAUUUACGACUUCCAAUCGAAUAUCUACAAAAUCUCGGCAGACGGCGUUUGCAAAGGUGCCGUAACAAAGCUCUUAGUCAGCGUAGAAUUCCAGCUGAAAAUCACCGAUAGAGAAAUCGAACUAACUGGUUUAAAAUUGGUCACUGCGAAGACUUUAACAAUACAACUGGAUAGCAGUAAAUUUAAAGAUAGGGUUCUUAAUUACAUAUUGAAGACGUUUACUACGAUUUUCAAAACUAUACUUUUAUCUCAAUUAGAAAAGGAACUGCAAUCGUAUAUAGGAACCGUAAUUCAUAUAGGAGCCGCAUCAUCACAGCAUUGAAAUAUUACACCCACCUAUUUCAACAGAAUACCUGCUGCAAAAAAUGACUUUUUUUUACUUUUAUUCAUUUUUUUUGUAACGUUUCAUUUUAAGAUUGUGAUUUCAUUACACGUGUAUUACUUAUAAUGCGAUAAAGUUUAGAUUUUAUAUA